UUCCUUAAAUUAGAGGCCCAGGUGGAGAGCCCGGAUGGUUUUUUGUUGAAUCCUGUGACCAGUGAACCAGAAAAGAUAGCUCCGUAUAAAGAAGAGAAGUUAGGACUUGUUCGAGCACAAGGUGACAAAGGGCACGUCUUUAAAAGCCGACUGCGUGAGCUGGAAAAAUAUGCAGACCCCUCACCGGCUGAAUUGCGUUGCAAGCUGGACAGCAUCGAAUCCAGGCUUGCCGUAAAGGAGGAACGUUUGAUGGAAGUCGAGCUUCUUUUGGAGGCCGAAGGGCGCCUCGUUCAAAAGCUCGAAACAAAAGCAUCUAUGGAUCGGUGA